GCUCGGUGGGAGGUUCCUCCAGCUGCCAGUCAAAGGCCUCUAUAAAACUUUGUGUACCUCGGUGGAAGGAGGUUAUUUUCUACUUGGACUGCUAAAGACUAAACAUAGGAAACAACAAUGCUGCCUCUAGCCGUGUUGGCCGUGUGCCUCAGUGCCGCCCUCUCAGCCCCGAGCCUGGACCCUCAGCUGGACGACCACUGGGAGCUGUGGAAGGGCUGGCACAGUAGGAAAUAUCAUGAGAAGGAGGAGGGCUGGAGGAGAAUGGUUUGGGAGAAGAACUUGAAGAAGAUCGAGCUGCACAACCUGGAGCACUCAAUGGGCACACACUCCUACCGCCUGGGCAUGAACCACUUUGGAGACAUGACUCACGAGGAGUUCAAGCAGAUCAUGAACGGCUACACGAGCAAAACGGAGAGGAAGUUCAAGGGGUCCCUGUUCAUGGAGCCCAACUUCCUGGAGGCCCCUCGCUCUGUGGACUGGAGGGAGAAGGGCUACGUCACCCCCGUGAAGGACCAGGGUCAGUGUGGUUCCUGCUGGGCCUUCAGCACCACCGGGGCUAUGGAGGGUCAGCAGUUCAGGAAGACGGGCAAACUGGUGUCGCUGAGCGAGCAGAACCUGGUGGACUGCUCCCGGCCCGAAGGCAACGAGGGCUGCAACGGCGGUCUGAUGGACCAGGCCUUCCAGUACAUCAAGGACAACCAGGGUCUGGACUCUGAGGACUCCUAUCCUUACCUGGGAACAGACGACCAGCCAUGUCACUACGACCCCUCGUACAACUCCGCCAACGACACCGGCUUCGUGGACGUCCCCAGCGGUAAGGAGCACGCUCUGAUGAAGGCCGUCGCCUCCGUGGGACCCGUCUCUGUCGCCAUCGACGCCGGUCACGAGUCGUUCCAGUUCUACCAGUCAGGAAUCUACUUUGAGAAGGAGUGCAGCAGCGAGGAGCUGGACCACGGGGUUCUGGUGGUCGGUUACGGCUUCCAGGGAGAAGACGUGGACGGCAAAAAAUACUGGAUCGUGAAGAACAGCUGGAGUGAAAAGUGGGGAGACAAAGGCUUCAUCUACAUGGCUAAAGACAGAAAGAACCACUGUGGAAUAGCGACAGCGGCCAGUUAUCCUCUGGUCUAAUGUUUUUGCACUGCUCCACUUCUAGUUUUUUUUCAUUGCAAUAGUUUGGCUGAAAGCAACAGACGCGGCUUCAGACAGAGCAACAAAGGUCGACAGGAGAUUCUGCGAUGUUUUAUGAGGAGAAACAUUGUCUUUAGGGAAAAGAUGCCGUUUUUAUUUUUAUUUGCUGGUUUUAUGCCUCUUUUUGUUUUUGUCUGAACACAUUUUAGUCUGGUGUUUUUAUUCUUUGUAAAUAAGCGUAUGCUACUUGGUGAGUGAUACUUUAACACUUGCUUCGGUCAUUGUAAAUGAUUUCUGUUUUCUACUUUUACUGUGAUCAAAUAAAGUGCUGAAACACUA